AAUGUAUAGUUAUUUUAAUAAUAUCACAAUUGAGUUGCCUGUAAAUGUAAUUCUUCAGACCACAUAAUUCCCGUCCUGUUUUAAGAGGGACACAUUUGCAGGUGGCGCAUCACAUCUGGAGGGGGGAGCAUCAUCAGUCAAGAGUAUCCCAAUAUCUUCGCGUAUUAGUAGUUUAUCUGUGGAAAAUUCCACCUGACAGUUUUUUCUGAUGUGUGAUUCGCAGUAUCGCUCUGGAUUCUAACGUCUUUUGAUAACAACGGAAGAAGUGUUGUGACUACAUGGGAAGCGUUCUGGCUUUGUCUUCUGGUCCAGGCCAUCAUAACUGGCCUUUUUCCACGGACCCCCCUCCUUCUCGCUGGAACGCACAUCCUGCUCACUGGGACAGUCCACCACGUUGGGAAAGGAGAGAUGGCCGCCUACCCAACCCAGGCAGCUUUCACUCUCUCCACAGGAGCUGCAAAGAUGUGUUUCCUCAACAGAUUGAGGGAGUUAAGAUGAUCCUCAAUAAAACGCUGAGCAGCUUCUUCAAGGUCAGUCAUACUCUCCACCUCAGUGCUGUUAGUCCUUCGUACUAUCGUUUCCACGUGGAGCAUCUGCAGUCUGAUGAUUAUAGCAAGGACAAGGAUGCCCCAGCAUUGAUCGGAGAGAUGGACUCUUCAGGCAGUCUGAAUGCUCAUGCUCUGCUGCAUGUCACUGAGCGCGUACGAGCCAGAACAGUUUUCCAGACACAGCAGUCCCAGUUUGUAACGUGGCAGUUUGAAACUGAGUACAGAGGGAAUGACUUCACUACCGCUGUAACAGUAGCCAAUCCAGACGUCCUUAGAGAGUCAGUUAUUCUUGUGGCACACUUCCUGCAGAGUGUGUCUUCUGGGCUGGUUUUAGGUGGGGAGCUGGUCUACCACCGGGGCCGAGCAGAGGAAGGAGGAAUUCUUACUCUGGCUGGACAGUACUCAAGACCCAACUGGGUAGCGACGCUGAAUGCUGGCAAAGGAGGUGCCCAUGCUAGCUACUAUCACAGAGCCAACAAACAGAUCCAAGUCGGGGUGGAGUUUGAAGCCAGUACCAGGACACAGGAGACCACAACCUCCUUUGGGUACCAGAUGGAACUCCCAGAGGCCAACAUGGUCUUUCGAGGUAUGAUAAACAGUCGGUGCAUAAUAGGAGGUGUGUUGGAGAAGCGUCUGACCCCGCUCCCUGCCACCCUGAUUAUGGGUGCCUUUGUAAAUCACCGAGGUGACAAGCUGCAAGUGGGCCUAGGCAUCAACGUGGGAUAAUCCGCCACUAACCCCUGCUUGAGUUACAGCUCGCUGUCAGGACGUCCAUCAAGAGACCUGUUUCAGGGGCUUCUUAAUGACCCGAUCUUCCAAGGUAAAACACUUGAACCACCUGAGUAUUGUGGAUUGUUUGGGUGUUGAAGCUCAGAAUUGAGGCUUGCAAUCUACCUCUCAAGAUGGAGGUGAUGUUUUCUGAUUGGAUUAUACAGGAAAAAUGAAUGAACAUUUUGAGGGGCUCAAAAACUGUGACUGGAGAUGUGUUACUGUUCCCCUGAAACCAAACGGCACAUCACCUUCUGGACAACGGAAACAGAAAGGAUGAGGGACAAACUACUGUAAACUGAAAAUAACUAAAUGUUUUAUACUGUAAAGAAAUGUAAUGUAUGAAGAUUAUAUUGAAAAAUAAUUGUGUUUUUUAUUUUUUAGCCCAUUAACUAUAAUUCUUGUAUACCUGACCUUUCUGCUGACCAUUUUCUAAAG